GGAACUUCAUCAAUCUUAAGAUUUUUCGGCAGUCAAGACUGUCAUGCGAAUCUUAAGACUUUUCAAGAGAGUGGAACAUCUUCAUCUGGUAAGCCGCUUGGGAAAAUCCAGCAAACACCAAAGAAUAUGCAAUUCCAGAACUGAUGAAUGGAGUUACAAGAGUGAUGAGAUUGAUCCUUCUGUCUUGAAUGAAUCACCUCGAGGUUCAAGCAGAAGUGCGUGCAUGGAUGCAGCCUCAGAAGCGGGCUAACGUUGUGAAAAAGGGUUCUAGUAUUGCUCACUAUUUCUCAUCAACUCCAAACUCUUGAUCCUGUUGGCCUAUCCAAAACUUGUAUAUCUCGAAAUAUCAAAUUGUUAAUAGGUAGCCGUUUUUAUUCCAGAGAAGUAGCAUCAUUGUUGGUAAAUGCUCUAUUUACAACUUUAUGUAUAGUUGCACGUGUAAUUGAGGACAAGUUCUGGAGAUUCUUCCGCCUCUGUCAAUAAAUCUAUUUGAACAGUCACCGUGAUAUGCUUUGACAAGAUGCUACAUAGUCGUACAUUUUUUUGAAAAUAAAAGUAGUGCAGUCACAGGUGUUGGUGAGCAGAUUCUCGUCCCGGGCGAGGAUUUCACGGUCAUCUCUUCUGGUCAGUGUAAGAAAUCUGGUACGUUUUUAACACAUCCCCUAAUUUUGUUUACACUAUGUUGUGCUACUGUAAUUUACUCUCUUUUUGUGAUUGGCAAGGCAAAGAAGUGUGCUGUUUCUUUUCUUUAAGGCAAAUCACACUGAUACUCAGGAACAACUCUCUUAGUUUGUGAUCAUGCAGGUUAUUGCUAAAAGGAAUCUUUAUACUGAGCUGUGUAUGAUCAUCUCAUCUUCAUAUGAUUGAUAUCACCACUGUCUCUCAUCCUCGAUUUCUUCCAAGAUUGCUAUCCCGUUUUCGUCUGAGACGGAGAAUGAAGUCUGGUAUGUGUUACUACUUACUACUCUUUCGGUUUUUUCCUUCUUUUGGCUGAGUAUAGGAAAAAAGGUUUCCCACCUUUCUUUGCUUCCGAAAAUGAGAAUGGCCCCAAAUGAAAUUGGUUUGUAAAACACACACAAACCUCGCCCAUUGCUACAACAAGGUCACCGGAUUCAGUGGCGUUGGGAUCAUCUACCUCCAGCUCCCCGGCCUCAUGCAGAUUAUCGAUUCGUACAUGGAUUACUCUGGAAUCGUCUCUCACCAUCUGCUGCAGCUCACGGUCGCCAACAUCUUAUCCCCCGGCGACACGUUUAUGCUCCUCAAGUCGAUCAAGGGCGAGAUGAGCGGCGUAACCGUCUUUGACAACAUGUUUGCCAACAGCAACAAGGUGAUCGAGAUUGUGCGGAUGGAAGGCCAAUUCAGUCACGCGGAUCAGGUCGUGGAUUGGAAUACUGUUAGGGGAAUGAUGAAAUAAGUGACGACGACGGAUCUGAAGGCGGCUCAGCCUUUCCCCAACUUGAUCAAGCAAGUGCAAUACACGUUCAUCACUAAAUCUCUCGGCCUAGUAGACACGUCAUUACAUUUAGCGUGAUUCCUGUUAUUGGAAGAAGAAAAAAGGUACUCCCAUUUAGGGUACUUUUUCCUAAAACUUCACCAAAAGAAGGAAAAACUCAUCUCUUUCUGCAUCUAAUAUUUUGCAUUCCAGCUGUAUUUUGACCUACUUUUGAUUGGGAAAGAGUGGAUAUCUCUCUCAAGUCUCUAUCUGUCCAAUCUCUGUUUCUCUCUCUCUAUAUAUCAGUCAUUACUUUUACCUUCUAAUUUUUCAUAAAGUCAAGUGAUUUUGAUUCCUCUGAUGCGUCUCCAUCUUUCUUAUUACGUGGGACACGUCCAAAAGAAACUGUCAAAGAUUGUUAUAUAUAGUACAUAGACAAAAUCGGAAAUCCCCAUUAUUUCAUUCUAGAUUUAAAAAAUCCACCACCAUCACCAUGGCUGACAAAACCCCCAAGAACAGGUGGCUUCCCAAGCGCAUAGUCCUACUCCGCCACGGCGAGAGCAGCGAUAACUCCGGCAGCGGAGACGGCAUUUCUCCCAGCCACAGCACCCCGCUGACCCGGCGCGGGGCGGAGCAGGCGAGGCAAGCCGGCACCCUCAUCAAAAACCUCCUCGACCAGAGCUGCCCCUCGUGGAAGAUCUACGUCUACGUCUCCCCCUUCGAGUGCACGCGAUCAACGCUGCGCGAGAUGGGCCGCGCCUUCCCCGCCAGCAGGCUGAUCGGCGUGAGAGAGGAGUGCCGUGUCCGGGAGCAGGACUUCGGCAACUUCCAGGACCCUCAGAAGAUGAGGCAGCUCAAGGAAGUCCGCGACAAAUUCGGCCGCUUCUUCUUCCGUUUCCCCGAGGGCGAGUCCGGAGCCGACGUCUACGACCGCGUCUCGAGUUUUUUAGAAUCAAUGUGGAGGGACAUUGAUAUGCAGAGGUUCCCACACGACGGCGGGGACGAGGUGAAUCUGAUGAUCGUGUCGCACGGGCUGGCGAUCCGGAUCUUCCUGAUGCGGUGGUUCCGGUGGACGGUGGAGGAGUUCGAGCGGCUGAAGAGCCCGAAGGACUGCGAGUUCAGGGUGAUGCAGCUCGGGGAGGGAGGCGAGUACAGCCUCGCCGUGCACCACGACGAGGAGAGGCUGAGGGCGUGGGGGCUGUCGGCGGAUAUGGUGGCGGAGCAGAAGCUGAGAGCUGGAUCAAGGAGCCACCAUGAGGAGGAGGAAUCGGUGGAUGAGGAGGUUUUGUGGUAUCGCACUUUCUUUGGCGCCGCCGACGGGGAUGAUGACACGGCGGAGACACGUGGCGGUGAGGAAGAGGGGUUGGAGUAAUUAUUUGCGGUGUGGUUGUUUGUUAAUUAAUUAAUUAAUUAAUCGUGCUUUGCUACAAAAGGCGUUAUGUUGAUGCGUGGUGGUUUCAAUUGUUUAAGCUCUUUUUUUAUUUUUAUGAUUUGAUAGUGCUAGUAAUUACUCAGUAAAUAUAGAUUGAAAUUUGUCACUAAAGGAGCUAGAUAUUAAACUAUGGUUGUUGACUUA